AUGCCUGCGUUAUCUCCCUAUCUCCCAGCCUAUGCCUGCAUAUCUAUCUAUCUAUCUAUCUAUCUAUCUAUCUAUCUAUCUCAGUCUGUUCGUAUAUAUUUAUCUAUCCCUUUCAACCGGGUAAACCGACUACCUAAUUUCAACCAAACCACGUCUCUCUCUCUCUCUUUCUUUCUCUCUCUCUCUCUCUCUCUCUCUCUCUCUCUCUCUCUCUCUCUCUCUCUCUCAUAUAUAUAUAUUUUCCGGAGUGGUGAUCAUUUGCAAAUGAUUAUAACAUACAUAAUCUAUCCAUUUUGUUCAUAUCUAUCUAUCUAUCUCACUGUUCAAACAUCUAUCUAUCUAUCUAUCUAUCUAUCUAUGCGUGUAUGUUUAUCGAUCUAUCUAUGUAUCUAUCUAUCUGAGUCUGUUCAUAUCUGUCAUUCCGUCUAUCUCGAUGUGUUCAUAUCUAUCUAUAUGACUGUCCAUAUCUAUCUCAGUCUCUUCAUAUCUAUCAAUACCAAGAGCGUCGAGUGCUUCUUUCUAUCUCUCUAUCUAUCCACCUUGUUCAUAUCUAUUUAUCUAGGUAUUUGUCUUCUUCCUAUCUAUCUAUCUAUCUUUUUCAUAUAUUUCUAG